AUGGACCGUCGACGCAGCCUGGCCAUGCCGGCACUGCCAUCACAGACCCAGGACAAGGCCAUCGACGAGGCCCGCCGCACCCAGGCCGCUGUCGUACGCGACUGCAUGGCUGCCGGCCGGGACCCGCCCCCCUAUGUCCUGACCGAGCUCAUCGGCAAGGGUACGUUCGGCCGCGUCUUCCGAGCGACGUCCGCCAAGACCGACGGCGUGGUGGCCGUCAAGAUCAUCAGCAUCGAAGAGGGCGACGCCGCGGCGGCCGACGACUCGGGCGGUGCGAGUGACAUCAACAUCAAUGCGCCGGGACAGACGGCCCAGACGCUACAGGCGGCCCCCACGGCCGUGGUCGACACCUUUGCCGACGUCCUGAAGGAGAUCCGCACGCUGCAGCUGCUGGGCACCAGCGGCGCACGCAACAUCAACACCGUGCUGGACUCGCUGCUCGUCGGCCCCACCGUGUGGAUGGUCACCGAGUACUGCGGCGGCGGCAGCGUGGCCACGCUGAUGCGGCCGACGGGCCAUUUGCCGGAAAAGUGGAUUGUGCCCAUCCUGCGCGAGGCCGCCGAGGCGCUGUACUGGGUGCACGGCCAGGGCAUCAUCCACCGCGACAUCAAGUGCGCCAACGUGUUGGUGGCCGACCUUUCGGAAUCAGAGACGCGGGGCGAAGCAGACACACCCUCCCGGGUCCAGCUGUGCGAUUUUGGCGUCGCCGGGUUCGUCGAGACCGCCGUCGACAAGCGGCGCACCGUCACGGGCACGCUGCACUGGAUGGCGCCAGAGCUGUUCCGUGCCGAUGUCCAGUACGGGACCGAGGUCGACAUCUGGGCGUUUGGCUCCAUGGCGUACGAGGUCGCCACCGGUCUGCCGCCCAAUGCCACGCGGACUCUCGCCGGCGCCGGUGGCGGGAACUUUGACCUCUCGACGUUUGGGUCGUAUCUUGAGCAGAACUGUCCGCGUCUUGUCGGCAACCAGUACUCGGACGGUCUCAAGGAGCUUGUUGCCGCUUGUAUGGUGCACGACCCGACACAACGGCCCUCGAUUGAGCAGGUGCAGCAAAUGCGAUACAUUGCAGGUACAGCUGUUUCGCAUCCAACGACGUCUCUGUCGGCGCUGCUGUCAGCCUAUCGGCUCUGGCAGGCCCGUGGUGGUGGUCGCGUGUCGUUGUUCUCAGCGGGUGGUGCGAAAGGGGUGGCUGACGCAAGUCCGACCGCUAGUCUCCCGGCAUGGGACUUUGGCGACGACGAAGACGACGACGACGAUGACGAUGGUGACGCAUUUUCGCUCGACUAUGAAGCCAAUACCCUCGCCGUGUAUGAAGCCUAUGGCAUCUCUCUCGACAAGAGUCCAUCGCUGCCGCCCACACCAAAGCCUCUGCCCCCGCUGCCCCAGAUGCCGCCUCCAGAGCUUCCGCCGCAGUCGCGUCUUCGUCGACGGCCGCCGCAGCUGGGCCGAGCGCUUCCACAGGUCCCACUCCAAGGCGUGUUUGACCCAAACACGCUCACGAGCUACCGCGACAAAGCCCGUGCCACCUACGGACGACGCCCGCCGCCGGCUCUGGUCCUCGACUCCAAGCCUUUGCCGCCUUCGACAGGCCGCGUGUCCGACCUGCCACUGCGCAGCUACUCGAACGAGCCAGGACGAGAGCCAGACCGCGAGUCCUUGAUUGACCUCGACCUCUCCAUUGUGGCAGAAGACACAUCGAGGACGGAUACUACCGCCAUGGAUACGUCUGACCAAGACACGAUUCGCCCGAGUGGUAGAGAAGCCGGCGCCAAUCGAACCUCACUGAAUGCGAUGCGCCACCGGACACAAGACUGGACAUUUCCGGUGGCGUCCACAUCGCCGAUCAAGGGCCAGGUCCAGAUGGCUGGCAUGAAAAGCAGGAUGGAGAGGCACACCGCCACCAACGAAGGCAACCAAAUCAACCGCGUAUCGACCGACAGUCUGAUCGACCUCUAUGAUGCGACGGGGAACGGAUCCGACGGCGAGUACGUUGAAGAUGAGGCACCGUUUGAGUUUGACACACCUGCGACCCUCAGCACGCUGGAUGCACAAGCCUUUGAUCGUGGCGACACCGCACCACGGUCGCUGCCGCCGGUGCCAAUGGUGCCCACAAGCCGUGUCUUACAGGGCGUAGCCGGACGCGACGAGGCCCGCAGUGAGCUCCUGCACAUGCUGUCCAGCCUCGGCGAUCACCUCCACCUAGCCACGCGCACACUGGAGAGCCUUCCUGUGCGCGACGCUUCACGGCUCCGGCAGGCCGCGCCAGUCUUUCAGCCGUGA